CGCCGGGCCCUGCCCUGCCCCGCUCUGGGGACGGGUCAGGCCGGGUGCGCCAUCGCCACUCGCCCUGCCGGCCUUCCCAAGCGGCCCGCCGUGUGUCCGGGCAGCGCAGGCCCUGCCUGCCUCCUCCAGGGAAUGGUGACACGGCCUAGGGGGGAGCAGGGGCGCUCGCCUUUCCUGCCUCCGACUUGUUCAUGUGCUGUCGCCCUCUGCGGCCCCGGGGGAUGGAGCUGUCGCUUUCUGCCCGAGGUUCGUGCCGUUCAUGCUCGUCCCAUCUGCGGUUGUUUCCCCUGCAGGUUCUUACAAUGGCUGAGGAUUUGAUAGCAGCGGUUGCCAGCCAGACAAAGAGGCUCAACAGCAGCAGCGAGGUGGUUCAAAGGCUGGAAGAAAACGGGCAUCAAAACAAAAGGUUGAAGAGCGAUGCGGAUGACGAAGAUGCAGAGGAUCAGAAUAAGAAGUCACCCAAAAGGAAGAUUGUGCUGUUGAUGGCAUAUUCAGGGAAAGGCUACCAUGGCAUGCAGAGAAAUGUGGGAUCUUCCCAGUUCAAGACAAUUGAAGAUGACCUAGUCUCUGCCCUUGUUCAGUCCGGAUGCAUCCCAGAAAACCACGGGGAAGAUAUGAAGAAGAUGUCUUUCCAGCGGUGUGCUCGAACAGAUAAGGGUGUGUCUGCAGCUGGACAGAUUGUGUCACUGAAGGUCAGGCUAAUAGAUGACAUCUUAGAAAAGAUCAAUAAUCAUCUUCCUUCUCACAUCAGAAUUCUGGGCCUGAAGAGAGUCACCGGGGGAUUCAACUCCAAGAACAAAUGUGACGCCAGAACCUACUCUUACAUGCUGCCAACGUUUGCCUUUGCCCAUAAGGACCAUGAGGUGCAUGAAGAGCUUUAUCGGCUGGACACAGAGACCCUUGAAAGGGUCAAUAAACUGCUGGCCUGCUACAAAGGGACACACAACUUCCACAACUUCACAUCACAGAAGGGCCCCAGGGACCCCAGUGCCAAGCGGUACAUCAUGGAGAUGUACUGUGGUGAGCCCUUUGUCAGGGAAAACAUGGAGUUUGCAGUGAUCAAAGUGAAGGGUCAGAGUUUCAUGAUGCACCAGAUCAGGAAGAUGAUUGGGCUGGUGAUAGCAAUUGUGAAAGGUUAUGCUGCUGAGUCCAUCAUGGAACGCAGCUGGGGAGAGGAGAAGGUCGAUGUCCCCAAAGCCCCAGGACUUGGGCUGGUUUUGGAGAAAGUACACUUUGAAAAAUACAACAGGCGUUUUGGGAAUGAUGGGCUGCAUGAGCCACUGGAGUGGACAGAGGAGAAGGAGAAGAUUGCUGUUUUCAAAGAGCAGUACAUCUAUCCUACCAUUAUCAACACAGAAAGGGAGGAGAAAUCCAUGGCAAACUGGCUUAACACCCUCCCCAUUCAUGACUUCAACUCAUCUGCUGUUGAGAUGCAAGCUAACAACAAAAAUUCAAAGAAGGGCAGCGAUAUCGAAGGCAGCGAUGGUUGUGGUGAUGAUUCUGACUGAACCAGCAAGUGGCUGGACGUGGGACCCUUUGUCUACAAAAAGUGGCCUUUCUAAACCCAAGAAUCCAGUGAAACAGGAGUUUGUGUGCUUGCAGAAUGAGAACUGGAUGCCCAGGAGAAGCUGGGUGGGGAAGACGGUGCGGCAGAAAAAACAGAAGCUUUUUAUACCACUGACUGAUUCACCUGACUGAUAUACUUGAAAACAGUGUAGUGGGAAAGCAGCUUUCUAGAAAAAUCUUGAAAUGCAGGAUAUCCUAAUUGCUAUUUGAAUAAUGUUUUUAUAAUGUUUACUUGGAAAAUAGUAUUUUAACUAUGUAUAAUCUCUACGUAAAGAUGGAGCAAAUAAUUUUAAUAUACUCUUUUUUUAUUAUGAAGUUACAACUUCAUGAGCUUUUGAUUUUUUUAAUAAUUUACCUUUACUUGAACUGAAUCUCCCAGCUUUUAUUUUUCAUGUCAUCCAUGGUUUUCCUAUGGAUUAACAUGCAUGACCCUGAGAUUAACUCAGUUAUCUGCAGUGUGGUGCUAAAAAUGCCAAGGUUGUGGAUUCAAUUCCUUUAUGGGCCAUUCACUUAGAGUUGGACUUGUUGAUGCUUGUGGGUCCCUUCCAGCUCAGAAUGCUCUGUGAUUUAGAAACUAUGGGUUAGGAACUCAUUAUCAUGCUGACUGCCGUGAACUCUUUUGGUUUUGAAACAAGUUCCUGUGUUUUCUAGA